AUGUUUGCGGCAAAUGAAGAAAGCUCAAACUUCUGCAAUAGUUGGCUUCGUAGUGAACAUCUCGUCUCCAUCGACGCGAUUCAACAAGCUUUACAGGAACUUCCUGUUGGGCUAUUUGAUGAGAGGCAAAGUGAGGGUUUCUUGCGAGAGCUACUGUCCGCCAACCUCGGUACACGUCCAAUUCUUGAACUCGUCCUUUCAGCUGGGAAUUGGAGCAAGUGCCUGGCUACCUCCAUCUUGGAUACAUUCCCGCAAUCAGCAAAGACAUUUCCACAGUCGUCUUGUCAUCUCGUACUUGACAGACUGUCGCUCUUUCUUCUUUUUCUACCGCACACAUUCGAUCGAGAAGCCUCCGAAUUACUAAGUUCUAACCGUGUAUCGGUGGAAAUGGCACCUCAAGUGCUCAUGGCUUUGGCUUCCAUGUCUUUCUCGUCCGACGAUCAGGACGGGAGUGACAUGGAAAUCGAUGAUGAUAUGUCAUUUUUUAAGCCAAAGCGAGAGACACAGCGACAGAGGAAACGUGCAAAACGAAUGACGACAAAGCGGACAAUCACUCCAAACCCUAAGCCUUUUGAAGCUAUGGGCUUGUCAAUCCCUUCGACCGCUCAAGAUGCAAAUGAACAAAUCUUUUAUCUUGCGACACUCCAAGAUUCUGAAGUUGCAGCCACCAUCCAGCGUGGAUUUAUUCCCGUCGAGGCGACUGGUGAUACACCGCCGGCUGAUACCAUCAAAGAGAGACGGCAGCCCAUUUUGCAUGCAGAUGGAGAAGUCGGUAUUGAUACCCCUGCUGCUUUCCCAAUGGUACAACCAAUGAAAGCAGAACUUUCAAACGGACACUUUUCGGCAGAUAAUCAGAAACGGCUCAAUGGAAUCAAUACUGAGAUUCCCAUCUACGAAGCCAAGAUGACACGGGAUUCGCGAUUGGUUUAUCAAGUGGAUUGCAUUCCUGAGUAUGACACAGAUUUAUCAAGAUUUUUGGAGUUUAUACUCACGCCCAGCUUGACAAGCGGCUUUGGGAUUCAAUGGGACACCAACUCGGAAGAAAGGCUCCAUUCGCUUCUUGUACUCGAAAAGUUCGUGACAUUUUCUCAGGCUCUGCUGAAUAGUGUGCACCUUUCUCAAGUUCAGAAAAUGUCCUCUAACUUGGUCGUGAUAGGCAUUAUAGCGGAUCUUGAUGUUGCACAUGUUUUCAAUGUUACCGGAACUGGAAUGACCACUCCUUUGAAUGCUGAUCCGUCCUUCGGUCAGCAAGCUACAGGGAGGCUUAUCACCUAUGAUGUUUUCCUUCGGUCCUAUUGGCCUCACUUUUCACAAACUCUUACCAAGGGCCUAGAUCCUUCCCUUGUAUUUAGCGAGUUCAUCGGUGUUAUCAAGGGCUCCGAAGAAUCUCUGAGUCACGAAAAUCGCUUUUUAGAUAAAUCCGAAUACGAGAAUCUUAGUCACCGUGCGCAGUAUGCAUUUGCAAACCAGCGCGAUGUGAUUUACUCGAUAUUCUCUUCGUUCCGCAAACACAAAAGUCUUUGUGGCGAUUAUGAUGCUGCAGACAGGACACAUAACAUCUUGAAAGCUAUUGAAGCCGUGGGCAUCCCCGGCCCUAAAAUUGAUUAUCUCUAUGUUGAUGAGGCUCAAGAUAAUCUUCUCAUUGACGCUCUUCUAUUGAGGUCUUUGUGUCGUAACCCUGAUGGAUUAUUUUGGGCGGGAGACACUGCUCAAACGAUUUCUGUGGGGAGCUCCUUCCGAUUCAACGAUUUAAAAGCCUUCUUAUUCCGUCUGGAGAAACGAAGGGAGAACAUGAUCGCUGACAGGCAGCCGACGCGAGAAGUGCCACGUACAUUUCAAUUAGCCAUCAAUUACCGCUCUCAUGGUGGUAUAGUCAACUGUGCUCAUUCCGUGAUCGAAUUAAUCACAGAAUUUUGGCCAUAUGCAAUUGAUGUUUUGGGCCGAGAACAGGGCGUUGUUGAUGGUUCUAAGCCGGUAUUUUUCAGUGGGUGGGACAAAGAAACAGUUCGAUAUGAACAAUUCCUAUUUGGAGCAUCGGGCAGUCGAAUUGAAUUUGGGGCGCAACAGUGUAUUCUUGUACGUGACGAAUCUGCCAGAGAUGAGCUUCGAGAACAAGUGGGAGACAUUGGUCUCAUCAUGUUCGUAGAAUAUUCUUCUGUCGCAGAACGACGUCUGACGAUGCACAAUAGGACCUUAUACGAAAGCAAAGGUCUAGAAUUUGAUGACGUCCUCCUUUACAAAUUCUUUGAAGACUCUUCUGUCGAUUUGUCACAGUGGCGAGUCGUUUUGAAUCAACUUGGUGAUGAGGAAAACCUUGAUGUUCCUGCACCACAGUUUGACGAUACUCGUCAUGCUGGUGUCUGCAGCGAGAUUUUUUGGACCUCAAAAAAUCAAAUUCAAAACUGUACGCCUGGAACUGAUGUUCCGCGUCUGGCGGUGUCAUCUUCCCCUCAAGAGUGGGAGAAGUCCGGUAGAACUUUGUUUCAGAAUAAGAGAUACCUCCAAGCUAUGCACUGCUUCGAACGCGCCGGCUUAAAUCGUGAGGUGUCUGUUUCUAGGACCUACUACUUACGAGAACAAGCACGAGCUACCCCCACAACUGGAUCCCGUCAAGCUUUGAAAUUGCGCCAGAAUGCUUUUACUAUCGCUGCAGAAGCUUUUCUUCAAUGUGCUGUUGCGGCGACCAGCUCCAGGGAGAAGAAUGUGUAUUUUCGUAAUGCAGGAGAUUGCUUUGAGCACGCCGAUAAUGACUGCGAGGCUGCGCAAGCGUAUGUUAAAGCCCGAGAGUUCGGCUUGGCAGUAAAACUGUACCGCAAGUGUGGAAUGUUCGACGAAGCUGUCGACGUUGUGACCACCCAUCGAGAAGAUAUAGAAGCUGAUGUGGCCGAGAACCUUCUCGACGUGGCCCGCCUAUUUUAUUUUAAUAGGAAUGAAUUGGAGUAUAUAUCUUCUUUUUCGUCUUGGCUGGACUUGGGAGACUUCAGGAGGCAGCAACAAUACAUCUUGCGGAGGGCAGGAUGCUGGAAGCAAUCCGGCUCCUCUUGGAAGACGGGAAAGACCAAGGAGCGAUACGUCGCGGGCAUGAGUGUCUUCUUGAAGGACUCUGGAAACAUCUCUCCUUUGGUGUUAAAUAUACCGAAGCUCUCUUUGGUGGACUCCUCCGCUUCCGAUCAGCUGGCAAUGUUUCAAGCUGUUGCGUCCUGCGAUUUGAAUCAGCUUCGCGCCCUCGGCCAAAAAUUUGCAUCCCGAAAGGAAGUAACGUCGGCUCUUCUUUGUUUCGACCAUUACUUUCAGAAUUUCCCCCGUAUCAUCGUCAUGGAAGCGACAGAGAUCUCGACAAUCCUUGCAGAUUUCUUGAGCUACUGUUCAAUGCUUCGCGAAGUUGCUAUCAGCCCAGACCCUUGCAAUAACGCUGCCAUCCAGAAACUAUUCGGCUUCCAAGCUUCUACGGAAAACAUUUUUCUACUUCCAGAGGGAACAUAUCUACACCAAUCAUUUCUGGCUUUGCGAGCGGCUAUGGGAGUGAGCGAGCAGGGUGCACUCGUGACCGAAUGGGAUCUCUCGCAAAAAUUUAAAGAUUGUCUGUUUACACGCAUCAGCAAUCGGAUCAAGGAGGAAAACGACAUCUGUCGCAGAACCCAAGCCUUCACUCCUUGUUUACCUUUCGUGAUCAACGACGUGUGCAAUAGGCUACAGUGUCCUCGAAAGCACAUCCACUACACAUCAUGCACUCCUGCAUGGUACAAUGUCCAAGUCAGAAUCCACCUCCAGCAAAUUUUGAUCUUUCAUAAUCUGCAUUCAGUGCAAUUUGAUGUGCAGGAGCGACAUAGGCAGCACAGAUUCUGGAUCAAUCGACUCCACGAGACCCUAAACCCGUCCAUUUACUAUCUCGGCACAUUGGCAAAUUUGGAUGUCGCUCUGAUAAAAGAAGCUCAGAAAGCUGUCGAGGUCGUCAAGAGAUGGUGUCGCGACCUCCUUGACAGCCCCAUGAGACUAGACGCGAGGUUGUUGACGACCGUAUACCAGACAGCCAAUUUAUGCCUUUUCCUUGACAAACAAAGUGCGAGGGAAUAUAUCCACCGGGCCCCCAUUCUUGAUGUCUUUGCCCACCAACCACAGUAUAGAAGGGAACUCAAUGGUCGUAGGGGCCCCCGCGUUGUCAAUGAAAUGAUGCGCUUCCUUCAAGGCACCGACGAGGUCUUCAUCCCAGCGGGAUUGUGUUUUGUCAAGCAUCUCUUGACCGAUAGCGUCCCCAUUGAUAUCAACGUACUAUGCGACGCCAUCGACUUUCUCUGCGGUGCCGUUGUCAUAGUCAGAAAGGAAUUUGUCCUGCAUAAUGUGACGCUACCACGAAGCUGGUUUAUCACUCUGCUGCGUCGCAUCAAGAAGGAUACAAAGCGGCCAGCGACGCUCAUGCUGAAUUUUCUGCUGAAUUCGGUCAAGCUGCUGGUGGAACGACUACAGUCUGGAGUAGGUUCAGGCCAACUUUUGUUUGAAAAUACGGACCUCAGCGAGCUUCCGGCGAUUCGGGUCGUCUUUCUCACUCGAGUAUGCAAGGCAAUUUGCUUGGUGGGUUACAACAUGAACCAUGAUGAUCUCCGCCAAGAAAUAGUCAGGAUUCUAGGACCUGUGAGGACCGGUCGGCCCCACUAUCUGAACGAGUGGUACGCUCAUGCUCGGAAUUGGAAUCAACUUGCUCAAGCCGUCCAUCACUCAACGACUGAAUCAUCGCUGGAUGAAUUAAUCCAGUUGUACGAUGACGGCAAGAAGCUUGGAAGGUAUAAAGCGCCUCAAGGCGUGCGAAGGGUGUUCUUCAAGACCAUUGAAGACGUACCUCGACUUCUGAGCGAUGCCUCCACGCCCUCGUUCCUAUCCUCUCUGAGACCGGAUGCGCCUACGUUUGUGCCACGGGCUCGCCAAAAUGCAACGCCUGAUGAUACCAAGGACCAAAGAGAUAAACCUGGAGAGUUUGAGGUGGAUAUCGAAGAGCCCGACGUGGAACACAUGGAUGUCUUGAGUCCUAACAAUGUUGUUGAAUCUAUAGCGAGUACCGCGCUCUCUGUCGAGCACAAACCACCUUCAGCUGAGCAAAUACAUGCGGCACGGGUAUUCCAAGUCGCUUACCGGAAAGCCAUGUCAAGGAGGCGGAAGAUGGUCAAAACCGCUGCAGAGGCUUCUCGUGCCAGCCUGUUUGACGCCUGCCUCGCGGAAUCAAGGACGAUGGAGUGGCCACACAACUAUUACCGCCUCUUGUUUUUGGGCCCUCUUCCACAUGUCCUAGUAUGCAUUAGUGGCGUUCAGUCGUACGUCGUAGCUGCCAAGGAGAAGGCCAAGAAGCGAUGGAGCAGGGCGUCUCAUCAGGAAUUGGAAGAUAUUGGCAAACGAAGGACAGAGUUAAAGUACAAUCUCGUUCUACUUGCUUUUUAUCAAGUGGUAUUGAAUAUUUUUAGUGGUAUUUUCCGGGACGCACAGCGCCUAUACAAAGCCUUGCAGCCUCAAUCGGAGUUGCAUCGGAGGCGGGACCUAACCGAACUCAAAACGCGGGUGCUCGAGGUGGAGAUGCUCCAUGGACGUGUUCCUCCUGGGGCGUGCCGGGAUGUCAGAGAGGAUCUAGAUUUGGCGUUGAAAGCUAUUGUGGCGGUCAAGCAGCCGAUAAAAGCCAAACCAAAGCCGGAGCUUUGCAUGGAUGAUGACGACGAGUAUAUUGGUUGAGGUACAUACAUAUAUUAAAAUCUAU